AGACGCUCUGUCCUCCUCCGUCACCAUAGAGGAAACGCGGAAGUCUGGGGUGUAGUAAGAUGGCGGACAGUGAUUACGAGUCGGUGCUGUGCGUGAAGCCGGAAGUUCACGUUUACAAGAUCCCACCGCGAUCGUCUAACCGGGGGUACAGGGCGGCAGAAUGGCAGCUGGACCAACCGGCCUGGAGCGGGCGCCUCCGCAUCACCUCCCGGGGGAACAUGGCGUACAUCAAGCUGGAGGACAAGAACUCCGGCGAGCUCUUCGCUCAGGCCACGGUGGAGCAGUUCCCAGGAAUCGCGGUGGAGAGCGUUGUUGAUUCCAGUCGUUACUUUGUGAUUUGCAUUGAGGAUGGGAAUGGGCGGCGGGCGUUCAUUGGUGUGGGCUUCGCAGACCGCGGGGAUGCGUUUGAUUUUAAUGUGGCUCUACAGGAUCACUUCAAGUGGGUGAAGCAGCAGACAGAAUUUGCUAAACAAGCUCAGAACCCGGACACAGGUCCGAAGCUCGACCUGGGCUUCAAGGAGGGACAGACCAUCAAGAUCAACAUCGCCAACAUAAAGAAAAAAGAUGGCGAAUCCUCAGCUGCUAAACCCCGUCCUCUGAGCUCCGGCCCCAGCCUGCUGCCCCCACCGCCCGGAGCCAGAACGGCGUCUCACCAGGUCACCCCGCAGCCAGCGGCGGCGGCCACAGGGUUACUCUUUGAUAUCGGGAGUUUUCCCUCCACUGGGGAACCGGCAGCUUCUUCAGACACCUGGGGAGACUUCACAAAGGCCUCAGGCUCGGUGUCGGGUCAGCAGAGCUCCGGGUGGGUACAGUUCUGAUCCUGGACGCUCUGUACCAUCUACGGGGGUCUUUAUCUGAAGGAUAGGAGCAGCACUGGAGUAUACUGGAUCUUCUAGACAAAAUAUUUAGGGGCCCCACGGCCCCUCUGGUCAUGGAGUCUGAUGAAGGUGGGAGGUUUUCUGUUUACUCCCCUUGUCGGGGUCCCACCAUAAAUGCCGUCUUUCUUCUGCUGCUGGGAUCAGGGUUUCUUCAGAAACACACGGACCUAACUGGUUGAAUGUGUCUACAGCGAGGGGUGGGAUACACUCCGUCCCCCCCCCAUUACCACAGGAAAUCAUCUGCCCCCAUCUUCUGGAUCACCCAAUAAGCUCCGAAAACGAUUUACGCAAAAAAAAAAAAAAAAAGCGCAACUCUAGAUGCGGCACAACACGUAACCUCACAUGUGACUGGACUUUAUUCUUCGAUUAUAUUCCAAUUGUACAUAGUCGCUGACUAAACCAAUCACCAAAGAAUCCUAAAAGAGCAGUCAGUGAGUAUACGGUGUCUCCAUGGUGCAGAUUUGAACCAUUAAAGGGGUAUUCCAGGAAAAAACUUUUUUUUUUAAAUAUAUAUCAACUGGCUCCAGAAAGUUAAACAUAU